AUGUCGGACAACCUCUGCGGCCCCUCCAAUGCUCUCAAGAGCUUCGGAGAGCACGUCGAUCGCGAUCGCUCCCUCCAGCAGGAUCGCCUGACCGGAGCGCCUCAGGGAGGCUCGUCGAUCUUCCGCGGUGCCCGACACUCGAACAACGAUGAAGCCUUCCAGGCAUUCUUGCAGAGCCCGCUUCCCCCAGCUGCCGGACACGGGAUCAGCGCGGCUCACCAGCCGGAGCUCGCUCCUCACCAUCUUCCGUACGUCCGGACCUUGCCCCGCGUCAACCCCAGAGCGCGCCCCGGCGUCGAUACACCUAUGCCCAGCCUGAACCGCCCUGAGGAUCACGAGCUCGGCCCAGCCGGCUUCAACACCUGGGCUUCUGAAUUUGCUGCUGGAGGCACACAGAACAAUGGCGUUGGCGCAGCUCCUGGCCAGAUGAUGAACAAUAUGGGCCCGGCCCAAGCUGCCUCUCGACCGGGCAUGCUUGCCUACGGAGGUGGUCCCAUGUACGCGCAGAUGGGACCGGCGGCCGCAUACCCAGCUCAGUUCCACCAGCCUACCUACCAGCCCUUCAUGAACGCUCAGCCGGGUCCCGCUGCUGCUGGUUUGGCGCCUGCCCCCCCGCAGACCACAGUUGCCUCACUGCCUCCCGGCCUGACCGAGGAGGCGCUUGCCGCGCAGUUCGCUCAGCUGAGCACUGAAUACGCUGAUUUCGAGAACGAGAUGGACGCUUACAUGGUCGAGAACGGCCCUACCGCGGACGAGCGUGCACUUGCUCGAGCGGAGACAGAGGACACGCAGGCCGUGAUGGAGCGCCUAGCUGACCAACUCGAUCAGGAGCGUGCCGAGGGACACCCCCUGCUCGCCCCUGGUGCCCUUGGCGCUACCAAGGAAGAGCGGGAUGCAAUCCUGGAGGAGCGUCGUGUCAAGGAUGAGCUCUCUCAGACAGCGCGCGAGAUCCUCGACUCGGUUGCUGACAACAACAGCGAGAAGUUUGCCAACUCGAGCUUCCUCGCCCUCAUGCGCCGCAUCACCGCCCAGGAGGUGGUCCUGAUGGGUGAUGACUUGAUCGAUCUCGAGACUGGCCGAUCCGUUCUUGACGUCGAGAGCGCCACUCCCGAGACCGAUGCCAAGGGCAAAGGCAAGGCUGUCGAGAAUGGUGAUUCCACCCAGACACCUAGCACCCAGUGA